UUUCAUAAUAUUAUCCGAACCCAAAACACACAACACCACUCUGUCUCUCCCGAAUGCUUUUUUGCAGUUUCAAGCAUCACCAAUUCUGCUCCUGCCAUGGACAAUAAUCUCGCCUUUGAUUUCGCCUCUUUGCCUGCAAAAUUCACCUCCUUACACUGCAUCACAAUUCACACUCGAACUCCGUGCUAAGUAAUCGAACCCUUCCUCUCUCUCUCUAUCUCACAUGUUAACUCGAUCUUGCCCAUGUGAUAAUGAUGAUGCGUCCCCCCUACCCUACCUUACCCCGCCUCCCAUCCAUUCCCUUACCCCACAAUUCCCACACUUGUGUUGAAGCUACUUACUACUGACUGAGAGCCGCCUGCAUCCCAAAAACAGUGAAGCAAGAGGACCCAUUUCCGCAUUAAUUGACUGCGCGGUUUUCUUCUCCUCUGUUGCAGAGUUUUCAGGAGAGAGUGGAUAGAUCGAGCCAAUUGGAAGAAAGAGACCCAUUUAAGGAGGAGGAGCACGAGGAUAUCGUGUUUGGAGUUGGAUUGGAUUUUUUUGGGUUCCGAGAAUGAAGACCAAGGGGGCGGCGGUUGUGCGGAAUCCGGCUCCUGUUGUUUCUUUUGAUCAGAAGAGGGAUGCGUAUGGGUUUGCUGUCAGACCUCACAAUCUGCAUAGAUACAGAGAAUAUGCUAAUAUAUACAAGGAAGAAGAAGAGGAGAGGUCAGAGAGGUGGAAGAACUUUCUGGAAAGGCAAUCGGAGUCCGCCCAAUCGCCCAGGACUGCAUUGUCUGCCGAGACAAAAACUUUGGAUGUACAAUCAACCGUUCAAGCAACUGAUGAUAAUUCAAGUAAUGGUGAUCAAGCUGAUGAUCCAAUUGGAAACAAGACCAACCCUUCGGGGGAGCAAAACAAAGAGGAAUCACAUGCUGUGGGUGAAAGAACACAUCAAUUACAAAUAUGGGCGGAGAUCAGGCCAUCCCUACAUGCCAUAGAGGAGAUGAUGAGUUCUCGUGUGAAAAAGAAAGUUAGUUUGACUAAAAAUGAAGUGAACCCUGGGGCUGGAAAGCAGUUCUCUUCCACCGAAGAGGGUAGACCUGGAAAAGGAGCAUGUGAAGAGGACUCUGAGGAAGAGUUUUUUGACUUGGAUCGAUCUGAAUCAGAUCCCUUGCAGGAUGUACCUUUAGGAAACAAUACUCCUGCUCCAGGCAUGGGAUUGGGUGACAAUGGUGCUCAAUCAGAAUCUUCACCUCCCUUAAAGGAGGAAUUGGAAUGCCUUGUUCAAGGAGGGGUUCCGAUGGCGCUUAGGGGAGAGCUUUGGCAAUCCUUUGUUGGUGUUAGAGCACGCCGAGUGGAAAAAUACUAUCAAAAUUUACUCGCUCAAGAUGCUUGCCUGGAAAGUAAGAACAAUGAAUUGGAGGACAAUAAUCUCGAGUCAAAUGCAGAGAGUUUGGGUAUGCCUGAGAAGUGGAAAACCCAGAUUGAGAAGGAUUUGCCUCGAACUUUUCCUGGACAUCCUGCUUUAGAUGAGAAUGGUAGAGAUGCUCUAAGGCGUAUACUGACAGCAUAUGCUCGACAUAAUCCAUCUGUUGGAUAUUGUCAGGCCAUGAACUUCUUUGCAGGCUUGUUAUUGCUUUUAAUGCCCGAGGAAAAUGCAUUCUGGACUUUGAUGGGCAUUCUGGAUGAUUAUUUCGAUGGCUACUAUUCAGAAGAAAUGAUCGAAUCUCAGGUUGAUCAACUUGUUCUUGAGGACUUGGUGCGCGAAAAAUUCCCCAAAUUAGUAAACCAUCUGGACUACCUGGGAGUGCAAGUGGCAUGUGUGGCCGGACCCUGGUUCCUCACAAUAUAUUUGAAUAUGCUUCCAUGGGAAAGUGUCCUUAGAGUUUGGGAUGUGCUUCUCUAUGAAGGAAAUCGAGUAAUGCUAUUCCGGACCGCACUUGCUUUAAUGGAGUUAUAUGGACCUGCAUUGGUUACAACCAAAGAUGCUGGAGACGCAGUUACACUGCUUCAGUCAUUAGCGGGCUCCACGUUUGAUAGCAGUCAACUUGUAUUUACAGCUUGCAGGGGCUUCCAAAAUGUUAAUGAAAAAAGAUUACAAGAAGUAAGAAAUAAACACCGGCCAGCUAUAAAUGCUGCCGUGGAAGAAAGAUGCAAGGGAAAUAGAAUUUGGAAGGAGUCGGAAGGUCUGGUUUCAAAGCUAUAUGAUUUCAGAAAGAAUCCAAAUUCAACCGUCGAAACUGACAAACCAGAGGGAAUGGGCAGCGAUAUGAAUGCUAAUGCGGAUGGCUUGUAUAUGAGCUUGAAUGGUGAUGUGGUGAUAGACCCUGCAAAAGAUCUUCAAGACCAGGUGACUUGGCUUAAAGUAGAGCUGUGCAAGCUGCUUGAGGAAAAACGUUCUGCUGAGCUCAGAGCUGAAGAACUGGAAACAGCACUUGUGGAGAUGGUUAAGCAGGACAAUCGUCGACAAUUGAGUGCAAAGGUCGAGCAGUUAGAGCAUGAGGUCUCUGAGCUUCGACAAACUCUUCUCGAAAAGCAUGAACAAGAGAAUGCCAUGCUUCAAAUUUUAAUGAGGGUGGAACAAGAACAAAAAGUGACGGAGGAUGCUCGCAUAUAUGCCGAGCAAGAUGCUGUUGCCCAGAAAUAUGCUGCUCAAGUACUUCAGGAGAAGUAUGAGAAAGCUACAUCCGAUCUUGCUGAGAUGGAAAAAAGGGCAGUUAUGGCGGAGUCUAUGCUCGAAGCUACAUUGCAGUACCAGUCUGGGCAAACCAAAGCCUUAUCUUCCCCUCGACCGACACAGCAAAAUAAUCAAGAUGCUUCCCAAGAAAUUCCGACGAGGAAGAUAAGUUUGCUUUCUAGACCAUUUGGUUUAGGAUGGAGAGAUAAGAACAAGGGGAAGCCCAACAACGCUGAGGAGACAGGCGAUGGAAAAUCAUCGGAUGAACCAAAUGAAGGGAACUCAUCAUCGGAGCAGGUACAAAGCCCAACCCUGGAGCCAGAAGACAUGAAUGGCCAUAAAGCAGAGGAGAAAACAUUGUAAGAACAGUGAUUCAAUGGACAGAUGCUUGCAUAUACAUACAUAUUUAUAUAUAUAUAUAUGCCUUUGUGUUCUAUUUAUAUAACAUAAAAAAAGAUGUUGGUUCUGUUCUAUGUCUGAGGUUGUGAUUACUCAGCGAAUUUGUUCAUUAUUUGUUGUUGAAUGUUGCAAUAAUAGGUGAGAGUUUAGCCAAAUGUAAAGUUGUAUUCUUUUUAAAAUUUGUGAUGUUCUUGUAAUCUUACUUUUUGUAUUCUUUGAGGUAUAUGACAAUGUUGUUUGAGAUUAUGCUUGUA